CGAAUCAACGGGGCUUUUAGUCGUACCGACCAAGUUAUCCAAAGCACUAACUAACUCGUCGCGUCUCGAAAAUAAAACGGACGGCCGUGCGCGCGCUUUAGCUCUUCUCUCUGUGUGUUUUUGUGUCUUUGCGUGUCGGUAAAAAACAAAAGCCCAAGAAGCAAAUUAAAGUGUGUUUGAAAUAAAGCAAAGCCAGCGCCGCGACGUGUGUGUGUGUGUGUUUGCAAAUACAAAGUAAAAACGUCAAAGUGUCGUCGCAGCAGAGGCGGAAACAACAACAACAACAACAGUAGGAGUGCAUUGAUUGCAUUUCUGACCCCCGCCCAACUCCCUGCACAAACGUCAUCCACACCUAAUUGUUGUUGCGCUCGCCGAGGCGGCGUCUACUUGGAGGUGGAACCGAAUGUGAGAGAGCGAAUGUGUUUCAAUGAUGUUACUGCCUUCGGGGCGUUCGAAUAGUGAUGUCUAUCCGCUACAAAGUGCCAACAGCAGCACAACAGCAGCCUCUGCCGGAGUCAAGCCCUUGCUACUGACACGAACAUCAUCGCCACAAUUGACAACGUUGCCCACAACAAAUGGCACCAACGCCCACACGACACCCGUACAACCAGUGAAUGGUGUAGCAGGAGCAGGAUCCUACUCACAGUCGCAGUCACAGUCACAGUCACAGACCGGAACAGCAGCAACAACGGCCAGAGCAACGGAGGCGACAACAACAACGGAGCCUGUCAGCAGUGGAAUUGGGGUCGACGUUGGCCCUGCCACUGCCACCGGCACUGGCAUCUAUGGGCCACUUUUGGGUCAAAACCAGGGACAUGGACAAGGAAGCAAUGCUGCUGGCGUUGCCGGAAAUUGGUCCGAAAUUGAUGGACACUUGGAGACAAUUCAAGAGAAGCUAAAGCCUGGCUGGACCGUGCACUCAGGCAAGGAGGGAAGGCUCUAUUAUUGCAACCACUUGGCACAAACGUCGGGCUGGCUGCCCGCCUGCGAGGAUUGGAGCAAACAUGAGGAGCUCUCAUAUGGCUGGGAGCGUGCCAUAGACUCCAAGGGACGUUCCUACUACAUUAACCAUUUGAACAAGACGACCACGUAUGAGGCACCCGAAUGCAUACGCUGGGACGAGCAUCCGCCGGAGCCGCGUCUCGUCCACCUGCAGCGGAAUGCCAGCCUGGGCUUUGGAUUUGUGGCAGGCAGCGAGCGGCCCGUCAUCGUGCGAUUUGUGACCGAGGGUGGGCCCAGCAUUGGCAAGCUGCAGCCUGGCGAUCAGAUACUCUCGGUCAACGGGGAGGAUGUCAAGGAUGCGCCCAGGGAUCAUGUCAUUCAGCUGGUGCGUGCCUGCGAGUCGCAAGUCAGUCUGCUGGUCUGCCAGCCCAUGGCCCACUGCAUUCUGCCGGGCCGCAAGUCCACGCUGCUGUCUGCGGGCAAGCGGGCCAAGCUGCGAUCGCGUCCAAGUCGCGUCCGAUUCGCCGAGAGUGUGUGCGUGAAUGGAGCGCCACUGUUUCCGCCCUCGGCCUUCUCCCUGGGCGACAUAUGCGUGCCGCCAAUGGCCAAUGUGCUGAAGGUCUUCCUGGAGAACGGGCAGACCAAGUCCUUUAAGUACGAUGCCACCACCACGGUGCAGGAUGUGGUUAGCUCGCUGCUGGACAAGCUCUGUCUGUGCUGCGGUGAGCUCUUCAGUUUGGUCCUGGAGCAUGUGAAGAGCCUCAAGCGGAAUAAGCUCACGCUGCUGGAUCCCCAAGAGUCCUUGGCCAGAAUUGCUGCACGUCCGGGUGCCCACAAGUUGCGCUGCUUGUUCCGCAUCACCUUCGUGCCCAUCUCGGCCGCCGAGCUGGCACAGAGGGAUCUCCAUGCGCUGGACUAUCUGUACAUGCAGUGCUGCAACGACGUCAAUCAGGAACGCUUCGCCCCCGAGCUGCAGCCGGAGCUGGCACUCCGUUUGGCGGCACUGCACAUGCACCAGCAUGCGCUGGCCAAUAAUUUCUCACCCGCAAAGCUCACCGUCAAGCUGGUCGAACGCGAGUUUGGACUGGAACGCUUUGUGCCAGUCAGCCUGUUCGAGGGCAUGAAGCGGAAGGAGCUGCGACGGCUGAUCUCCCACUUCUUGAAGCUCAAUGCGGAGAUGACGGGAUCGUCCAGCAAGGUUCUAACACAGCUACAGGCCAAACUCCAUUAUCUAGAUAUAAUUGCUAGUUUACCAAGUUAUGGAGCCAAAUGCUUCAGCACAAACCAAAGAGAAGGCGUCGAGCGUGUCCUGUUGGUGAGUCCGCGCUUCGGCCUCAGUCAGAUAUCGAGUGCACGCAAUUCGGUGCCUCAACCAAUUUCAGCCAUUGAGGACUUCACCCACGUGGUGGUGAAUCGCGAGGAUGAUGUCACCUGCAGCGUGUCCAUCUUUAUGCUGGGCGAUCGUGCCGUCAAGUUCAUCAUGGAGGAUCGGGAUGCGUGCGAGUUUGGCCUGGUGCUGGGCGGCUACUAUCGACUGCUGACGGGCAAUAUGCUAAAUCUGCUAAGGGAAAGAGAUCCCUCGGAUGAGGAUAAUGCACCGGGUUUCCUCUCCCAGCACACGGUGCUGCCCGCCGGCUGGAGCUAUCUGCUGCCGUACCACACGCGUGCGCACAGCGUCAACUUCCUGAUGACGCCGCCCUACCAUCCCGUGACGCAGCUGCCCCCACAAGUGGGCGCUCCACUGCAGGCUCAGUCGUUGCCGUAUGUCAUGGACUUGGAUCUGCACAGCGUUAUGGCCACGGAGCUGCUGGAGGAGGCGGCCAAGGACUCGGGUCUCAGCGACAGCAGCGGCAGCAACUACUGCGAGGGUCGCAUUCAGUCCUCCCAUCAGAUGGCCAGCGUGGAGGCCAAGAACGAGCAGGUGCUGCGGCGUGUGCAGGAGCUGCAGCAUCUCGUCCAGACCUCCGAGCAGUAUCUGAGCGAGCAGGAGCAGGGCCUCUCCGGCGGUGGCCAGACAAUGGCCGUCCUCGAAUUCGACUCGGACUGUGACAGCCUCAACAGCAGCAAGGUCUCCUCCACCGAGGAGACUUCGAAUGUCCUCAGUCUCGUUGGCGCCUUGCCACCGGGUAAUCCCCUCAAGCACAGCGAUUCGCUGACGCUGCUGGCGGAGACUAUCAGCCACGAUCUGAGCGGCAUUACGCAGGGCCUCAAUGCCAUACCGGAGACGGCGCCGGUGUCCUCCUCGGCUCCCGCCACCCCGGCCACGCCCAAGCGAAAGCCGAGCCUCUGCAGCACCUCCAGUCCGCGGCCCCAGCGGAAGAUGAACGGUUUCAGCCAGCUGCUGAGCGAUCUCCAGGCACUGGGAACGGACUUUUCGCAGAGCGAAAGCGACUCUGAGUCGGUGGCUUCGCCCGCCCAAUCGCCCACGGCCAGGAGGCCUCAGAUAAUGCUGCUCCAGGCAGCAGGUGCGGGCUGCGGUGUAUCCGGAGGAUUGGUGGCACCCAAACAGCCGCUGUCGCAGCGCAGCAGCUUCGGGCUGCACAGUCCCGAUGGCAGUCACUUUGGCGCCGAAACGAAGGACUACAAUCUGCGGGAGUAUCUGCAGCAGCUGAAGGAGAUCAGCAAUGCCUCGUCGGCGGACACGGAUGUGGCGGCGCGCCAGCUGUCCGAGAUCUAUGGCUUCGAGGUGCGCGAGGACACCUUCAUCGAGACGGACACGGAUGUGAUUGAUUUGCGUGCCAUACCACCGCCCCAGACGCCCGAUGAGCUGGACUCCCUGUCGCUGAUGAAUGCGGCGCCACCCAAGGGCUUCGAGGGACGGGCCGAGGAGUUGGAUAGCUUCCUGCAGCAGAUAAUGGUGGCGCCGCCCACACAGAAAGCCACGCCCGCCAAAGAACUCACACCGGAGGAGAUUAUGUCGUUUAUUAUACCACCGCCGCCGAAUCUGGAGCAGCAGCAGCAGCAGGCGCCACAACAGGCGCCACAACAGGCGCCACAGCAGGCCAUGGAGACGGAAUCGUUGUACAGCAAUUCGGUGCAGGCAAAGCGGGAGUUCUUCCAGUCAGUGGCUAAUGGGAAUAAUGUGAACAACAGCAGCAGCAAGGAGCAGUCCCCACAUGUCAUCGAGUAUGCCACUGUGGAGCGGAAGAGCAAAUUUAGCUGCUGUCCCACCACCAAGAAGGAGGAGCCAGCCACUCCAGCAGCUGUAGAUCCCGAGGUGCAGCCACCACCCAGAACACCCACCGCUGAGCAGUUGUCACCGCCACCGGCACGACCACCCAAGAGCGCAGAGCUUCUGCAGCGUUAUUCGCCCAAGAAGCAGGUGAGAAUUAUGGCCACACAUCAGCAACAGCAGCAACAGCAGCAGCAGCAACAUCAGCAGCAGCUGCAACAGCAGAGGGACAACAGCAGGGGACCACCACAGCUGCCACCUAGAGGCAGUCCCACCUUCGAUACACAGCAGGCGAAUGCCCCAGCGGCUGCCAUAAUGUCGGUGAGUGGCCCGAAGAAACCCCCACUGCCGCCCAUUGCCAGUCGCCCGCGUCCAACGAAUGGCAUGUCUCCAGCUGCACCACCUAAUCCUGCAUCCGCAACACCCGCCCACUACUCACCGCCCAUACCGGCCACGACACGCCUACCCAAUGCUCAUUCCAAUGGCCAUCAGCAACAGCAGCAGCAACAGCAGCAGCAGCAGCAACAGCAGCAGCAGCAGCUGCAGCAGCCACAACAGCAGCUGCUGGCCGCCAGCAAAUCCUGUUCCUCAUCUUCCUCAGCCUCGUCCUCCGCUUCCACCACCGCCUCCACAACGCUGCUGUCUGCGCAUCAGCACGACUGCAACCACGACCCGAACGCCCUCAGUCGCACCAUGAUAAGUGCCAUCCACAUUGGCUGUCUGCUCAGCUCUUUGCUGGACACGGACAGCCUCAGUCCGGAGAUGCGCCUCCAGGUGAUGGGCGCCCUAUAUCGGCUGAAUCGUCUCAAGGUGCGUGUGCGCUUUGACCGAACGGCGCUGCAUUAUUCCUGCUAUCGCGAGGGCACACUGGCGGGCCGCUAUCCUUCCUGCCAGUUCCCAUCGACGACGCUGGCCAAGGCGCUGCUCGAGGUGGGCGCCGAUCCGAAUGCCAUCGAUGAUGCGGGCAACACGCCGCUGCAUCUGGCGGCCACACUGCAGCCGUACGUGGAGCCUCUGGCGCACAUAUUGCUCGAGGGUGGAGCGCAUCUGGAUACGAAAAACUUUGCUGGUGAGACAUUCGAGAGCUUGCUGGGCCCCACGCCCAUGCACAAAAUCAUCGAUCCGAUGAAGUACACAACGCUGGCGUGCCUGGCAGCACGGACGAUCAAGCGGCACGAUAUCCACUACGAGGGUGCCGUGCCGGAGACGCUCUACGACUUCAUCGAGCUACACUAGAGAGGGAGAGCCGUGGACUGGACGAGAGUCGACACACACUCAAUUCACUCGAUCGCUUACACGCUCGAUCAAUCGAUCACACGCCUGCCCAACCGCCCGCCAUCCACCAUACAAAAUAUCUACUACUACUACCACGACUACGACUACGACGACUACUGUGUCUGAACCGUGUAUAUUUAGAGAUGGAGAGAGAACUACGAAGAUGACGAUGAUGAUGACGACGAGCUGCGGCCCGGCACCCACGGAGAGCGUUACCAAUUGACUAGGAACUGAUUUCUGAUCCAAGCAGAGUGCCUGUAUCCUGGCUGCAUCGGAUCGGGACAAGGUCUAACGAAUUGACACAACGACAGAACGCACGUGGACAGAAAGCAGACACCAAGCAAGCGUGGCAAAAAUCCAAGUUCCAGCGACCCACAGAGCAAUGCUGUCUUUGAAUUUUGCUUGCAAAAUAUGUGCAUGAAGCCUUCUUCUAUCUUAACUAUGUGUUCUUGCUAUUCUAUUUUGUAUGAAUUAUGAUUAAUAUAAUAUUAUGUGUACCCGUGCCGUGCAGCGACUGCGGCGUGUUCGAGCAGCUUAACCCACGGCCAGGCCAUCGCCGGCGACUCCUCAGAGCUGCUCUGAACACGCGCUGUCGCCACCGCGGCCCCAAAUUUGUUAUAUGCGUAACGAGUAUUUAGUGUUUAUGACCGAAAAAACAGAAAUCAACAAAAUGUAAAAAAAUAUACAAAAAGCAACAAAAAAAUCGACCGACCGAGCGACUUUUAAGUGAUGUUUACAGGCGAGAAGAUGAUGAACUAAGUUUUGCAAAUAUACAAACUGUAAUUAACAA